UCGGAGGCAGGUGUGGCAGAGGACGGAGGCGAGGCGGUGCUCGCUCAGCCUUUUAGCCUCGUCCCUUUCGGUGACUGGUUUGCAGAAAAGCCCUCUCGAUUCAGUCGUGGAUGCCUCUUCCUCCAGUUUGAAUUGCUUGCCUCCUCCCUGCAAGAGGGUUUGCGCAACGGACUCUCUGGCCACCCCUGUGGCUUGGUUGCGUUUGGUUUGCUUGCUUGCUUUUGCCUCCUGUAACCUGUUUCCAGCUCCAAACUAUUAGAUGUGCGUGUGUGAGAGAGAGACAUCCACAUAUCUUUAUUCCCUCGCAGAAAAGACCCUUCGCCUACGAUGGCACAUUACCUUGUUCAGUGGGUAGACUCAGCUGAUGUUGAACUAAGCUCCCAUCAUCCCGGACUGCUGGCGCAGCUAGCUAGGGAUGAUGGGAGUUGUAGUGCAACAACAGCUGGGUCCUCAAGUUUGAAAAACACUCUGGUAGAGCAUGAGACUAUUAAUCUCAGGGUCGUGGGUUUGAGCCCCACAUUGGGAAGAGGACUCCUGGCAGGGGAUUGGACUAGAAGUCCCUUGUAUGAUCCUGCGUAGGAUCCACACAUUUGCUUUCCAUUUGCAUUUGUGGUCGUGGAAGAAAUGAGGCAUGGAUUUUUUGGAGCCGGACCCAAUUGGCGUAUCUCGUCAGAUAGUACUGUCUCUGUACAACAUUGUCAUACUGAUCACACAAGAGUGUUCUUCAACAUAUGUGAACAGGACUAUUGGCUUCCCAAUAGUCUAUUGGACUGUUGGUGUCCCUGUACAAGUACACAUAUGUACUGUAUAGUAUGGACACACUCUAUACAUGGACACGCUCUAUACAGUGCAGUCUCCUUCACAUAUGUCUGGAGCACCUUUCACAAAAGUGCCAUCUCUAGGGAUAAGUAGUAUUUGUAAUAUGUUCCUGAGCAUCAGUUCCCAGCAAUGCCCAGUAUUUAGUUGUUGAAAUAAAUUCAGAAAGCUGUGAGUUCAUGCAAUUCAGUUAAUUGCUUCAAAUAAUUUGUGACCUGUGGCAGAAUAUGUGUAUAGGAGGGAGCUGUUAAUCAACAACACAAAAUAAUACGAUUUUAGGCCUGUUCCUUAUAUUCAUGUUUGAGUUCUGUCCUUUCUGUAUGUCUCAGCAUAAAUAAACAGAUUGUUUAUUUAUUGUUUGGUUCCUUGUGUCUGAGUAGGACCUAGGCAUAGCUGCCAAGUUAUCCCUUUUUUAAAGGGAAAUUCCAUUAUGCUGAAUAGGCUUCCUCGCGAGAAAAGGGAAAACUUGGCAGCUAUGGACCUAGGUUCAAAUUCCCACUAGGCCAAUAACGCUCGCUGGGUGACCUUGACUUAGUCACCUCUCAGCCAGACCUACCUCACAGGGUUGUUAUGAUGUUAAUAAGGAGAGCCACGUACAUCACUUUGAACUCCUUGAAUGAAAGUUGGGAUAUGAGUGCAAUAAUAAAGUGACUUCCCUUUCAGGAAUGUGGUUUUAGAAGCCUCAGGAUACAACCAUAUACUUAUAUGCACACAGUGGAGACCAUUUCCCCCAGCACUAAUGGCAUCAGGUGGAUUUUUAUUGAGAUUGUUGCUGGACAGGAAGGAACAAAUUUCUCCCUACACUCUUCUGUCCUGUGGGAAAUCUGUUCUCUCCUCGCCUGCUCUAAAUUAAAAUCAAACAAACCCUGAUGUGCUUUCAGGUGAUGUUCUAAGUGCCCUGCCUAGCUUGGUCCUGAGAGGAACAUGCAUAGAAUUUAUGUAGUUGUGUAGUCUAAAUGACUGUCUUCCCAUGCUCAAAAUUAUUAUACAGUGUACCUUGGGUUAAGAACUUAAUUUGUUCUGGAGGUCCUAUUUUAACCUGAAACUGUUCCUAACCUGAGGUACCACUUUAGCUAAUGGGGCCUCCCACUGCUGCGGCACAAUUUCUUUUCUCAUCCUGAAACAAAGUUCUAUUUCUGGGUUAGCGGAGUCUGUAACCUGAAGCGUCUGUAACCUGAGGUACCACUGUACAAGAGAAAAGGUGCCUAUGUUUUCCUAAGUUUGAGUUAUGCUGAUGGUUAUACUCUAGGUUGGACCAUGGGAAGACAGGGCCAAUUUCACAUGAAAUGAUAAAUCAUGAUUUAAGGUUGUGGAUUGUGUCCCGCUUCCUCCCAUGUGGCUGGGAGGAUGAAUUUUGAUUUUAGUUUGGUUUUGAAGAAUCUUCGCUUAGUGUUACCUAUGAACCAGAGCUAAAUUGGCAGAAGGACAGCGGAAGUGUGUAAGAGCAAAGCUUUGUCAUGCUCCUGAUGGAGUUUUGUGUGAACUGUGGUGAGGAAUCCUGUGAAUGUCAUAGAAGAGAAAACUGAGGGCAGAAACAAUCUGCAUAUUUAAAAAUGAUAGGCAAAGCUACAAAUACUGUAAGGGAUUGGCCUACAAAUUUGCAGAUGGGAAGCAAAACAAUGGCAUCAAAGAGGGAAAUCCAGCUAGCUGAAUUACCAGGAUCCAGAAAAGUUGAGCAACUAGUAUAAAACCAACAAUAAUGAAAAUAUUUAAAGAUUCCAUAUAUUGUGCAAUUAAGUAUUGCACAUUACGAAUGAUAAAUUAGAAGUUUAUUAUAAGUACUAGUCAUUUAAUAAUAAAGAAAAUGGAAGUUAGCUUCAUUCUGUUCAGUUGGGCUUGCUUUCACAUAACUGCAGUUAGGAGUAUAAUACUACAAUGCUAUACAGCCAAGAAGUAAGGUGUGUUAACUUCAGUGGGCCUAGUGUAAAUCUGUAUCAUAUUGCAGCCUUAGUAAGUAUGGCUGAGGUGAAAUUUGUAUUCAAGACUUCCAGUUUACAUAAUUAGUAAGUUGCUCCUUGAAUCUGAUUUUGCUUACAUGAGUUGAAAGCUGGUGUAAAUUUAUUUCCUGUUUCACUGUAUUUUUAUUUUUAUUUUACAGAUACUGUUCCGCCUAAUUACAUUUGGGUUAAAUGCUUUUACCCUACGAUAUGUUUCAAAGGAAAUCAUUGGCAUUGUGAAUGCUGAUGCUGCUUUAUUCUACAGUUGUUUUCUUAGCCAGAGAGGCAUUCCGAAGAGCUUGUCUGAGUGGAAGUACAAGGAGAAACUGGACCAAAACAUUUAAUCUUUUGUGGACAAUAGUCCCCUUGGGCGUGUGUUGGUCUGUAUUCUUGGGCUGGGUCUGGCUAGAUAGACUUGAAGUUCCUGAUGAAAAUGCUGUUCCUUACUACAACUUUGGAGUGGUUGCCUUUGGUCUUUCUGCUGUGAUUGAGCUUCUAGGUGAACCUUUUUGGGUUUUAGCCCAAGUACACUUAUUUGUCAGGCUAAAGGUAAUUGCUGAAAGUCUCUCAAUCAUUUGCAAAUGCUUUUUGACAGUUAUUCUAGUAGUUACGUAUCCUCACUGGGGGCUUUACAUCUUUUCUUUGGCCCAGCUUCUAUAUACCAGUGUUCUGGUUUUGUGCUAUAUAAUGUAUUUCAUGAUGUUUCUGGGUUCUCCUGAAGCAACCAAAAAAUCAUUUCCAGUUACUCGUAUGAUAUCUGUUUUACCUAAUUUUGGACAAGAUGAGGAAUUUGUUAACUGGGAAGAGGCUAAAUUGACUUGGAGUUUCUUUAAGCAAUCAUUCUUGAAGCAGGUUUUAACAGAGGGUGAACGGUAUGUCAUGACGUUCCUGAAUGUGUUAAAUUUUGGAGACCAGGGGGUGUAUGACAUAGUGAACAACCUUGGUUCUCUGACGGCUCGAUUUAUAUUUUUGCCAAUAGAGGAGAGCUUUUAUGUUUACUUUGCUAAGGUUCUGGAACGCGGAAAAGAUAUCAGGUUUCAAAAACAGGAUGAUAUCUCCAUGGCAGCAGCUGUAUUAGAAUCACUGUUGAAACUAGUGCUUCUGAUUGGCCUAACUAUAACAGUUUUUGGUUACGCGUAUUCCCAGUUGGCACUGGAUCUUUAUGGAGGUUCAAUGCUCAGUUUGGGAUCAGGGCCAAGUCUCCUGCGCUGCUAUAGCUUAUACGUCUUGCUGCUUGCUGUUAAUGGCGUAACAGAAUGUUUUACGUUUGCUUCAAUGUGUAAAGAAGAAGUGGACAGGUACAAUUUUGUCAUGCUUGCUUUGUCCUUGGUUUUUCUGUGCAUGUCCUAUUUCUUGACCUAUUGGCAAGGCAGCAUAGGAUUUAUCUUUGCAAACUGCUUCAACAUGGGGAUCCGAAUAGCCCACAGCAUCCGCUACAUCCACAACUAUUUUGCACAGAGCCCUUACAAGCCUUUAAAGGGCCUCCUUAUAUCACCGUUGCUGUUGGUUGUUUAUGUCGUCUGCGGAGUAGCCACGGCAUUUUCAGAGGUGUUCCUGUGCUGUGAUAAAGGGUGGCUGGCAAGGUUAAUCCAUGUUGCUGUGGGAGCACUGUGUUUUACAGCAACUCUUGCCACUAUAUUCUUCACAGAGACCAAGCUGAUCCAUUUUGUUAGGACGCACAUUUUGUCAAGAUAUACCAAAGAAGUGGUAAAAUAAUAAUGUACAGACUAAUUUCUGUAUAUGAAAUGUAUAUAUUUGCUAUGGAGGAGAUAUACGGAGAAUUACAUAUGUAACUACUGUAAUAUACAGGUGAUAUCUGUCUGUGAAACAUACAUAACUGGUAGGAAGGUAAUUCACAGCAAUUUAAGCUGAUACAUUUGUUCAAAACUCCAAAAUUAUACCCGUGGCAAGCAACUUGGUAAGUUUACACCGGAAAGUUAGUGCUGCCCGGUAUAUGAAUGCAAAUAUUACGCAUAAUCCUCACUUGCGGAAGCCAGCAGCUGGAUAGUACUGGGCAUUAUUCUUGUGAUGCCACACUAAUGUCACAUUGAACUGUAAUAUACUUUAGAGACUGGGGGUGCACAUCACCUGACUGCUUCUUAACUCUUCACAGUUAGUUUACUCCCAAAUUUUAUUCUAAUCCCAAGGAAAAAAAUGUUUAAGUACACUGGAGUCCAGCUAUUUGCGCUGGCCAGGGCAGAAGGUUGUUGUUGUUUUUGGUGGGGGGGGGGGCGUUGCUGUGGCAGCAUGAGGCUGGUGCAGCAGAGAGAUUGAAUUAGGCCUAUUUCUAGUAACAAACCAGAAUGCCCCAUUUGGGAGGUAUAUGCUGCUGGUACCUUUUGCUUGCCUUCAGUUUAGGUGGGCCCAGCCAGGAGCUUGACAGAGGUGGCGUUCCCCCAUGCCAGGACAACCGUGCAGAACUUGGUGGAGACAGCUCUGCCUCAUCAAAACCCCAUUCAGUUCGGUGGAUUGCUGUGUUUAAUAGGUAGUUUGUCUGAAAUGUCAUGUAGCCAUGCUAAAUUGUUGUUGGACUAUGGCUCAUUUUAGGAUUGGAUUGCUUUACUUUAUUGGGCCUGAGCCCGGUAGGCACUAUGAAAGAAUUUUAAAUUUUUUUUUGCUGUCCUUAUAAGAUUAUUGCAAUCUAGACAAGCAUCUCUGGCCACUGUAAAAAGUGCUAUUUGUAGCACAUAGCUGCAAACCCCUUACCUACAUUGGGACCUCUGAAGAAAAUGAGAUAUCCCCCCCCCAUGUAUUCUAUGUAUCAUGAUUUACCAGUAAUUCUUAAAACAGUUGUUAGUAAAAAUGGAUAGAAGAGGCAUAAAAUAAGCAUAGGAGAAUUUCCCUCAUUUAAAAUCAGGAUUUUCAUAUAUUGAUGCCUUAACUAUUUUAAAAAAUAGUUUUGAGGGCUGCUGUAAGCUAAUGUUCUGAAAGCCUUAUAGGGGAACAGGAAGAUUAUCUGGAGAAUUGUUAAAAACAAAAGCCAGAAUACAGUAUUACAAGAAUAUAUAUGGACAAAUAAGUUUCUUGUCAGUAAAACUAAAACAUGUAAAGUAUUAAGAACAUAACUGUUUACUAUAAACAUCUCUUAUUUUGUUGAACACAAACAAAUCAAGCCUAAAAACAACUGUUUCCGUUUCCUCCAGCUUGAGGCAUUGCAAUGUAUAGGAUUGCACUAUAAGGGCCUCAUCACACUUAAAUUUUGAACAAGACUAUAACAAGAGUGUGUGUGUGAUAUGGUAAGAGUGUCAGCUGAAUCAUAUUCUGCGCUAUAAUGAGAAUCUGGGUGAGGAAGUAUGUUCUGUGAUUUACAAUUAGAAAAUGGUUCAACUUUGUUGAAAACUGGACAUGUAGGAGACAUAAUUUGAGGGUGGCCCAUACAAAAUUUAGGGGAAUUUUUUAUUAAUAUGAAUAAGUAAAACCUUUGCUAAGAGAGUAGCAUGUUGACAGAUGCUGUGCAUUUUUCUUUUAUGGACUAUGCUAGGGUAUUUUUUAAAAUAGUCAUUUGCACUGCAUCUUGUACUGGGGAAAUGGUUUGUUGUGUUAGUUUAAGGGGCACAUCUAUCAUGUGCUGUUUUGACAAAUAGUACUUUUAGUACUAUUAGUAUGUAGUUUUUUUUCUUAUUGAAGAGACAUUUUUAUGGCCAAUGUUAGUCAAUAGACUUGAUUAUUCUGCUGUUGCCAGGUAACAGUUUUGGCCAAUCUUAGCCUCAGGAAGUACAGAAGCUUGCUGUUGCUAGGUGAGAUUCACACAGACCAGGCCUCAGCCUUGAAGAGUUGUCUAAAAUGUUAACAGAUAAACCAAAAGGUUGUUUAAUUGAAUGUAUUUUUUAUAAUAUACUUUUUCUAGCAUUGUUCUAGUUACAGCUAGAACAAUUACAGUUGGUCUGCUGUAGUCGAAACAAAAUAAAAAAAAUCCCUUCCAGUAGCACCUUAGAGAUUGUUAUUGGUAUGAGCUUUCGUGUGCAUGCACACUUCUUCAGAUACCUGGUAGGUGCUACUGGAAGGAAUUUUUAAAUUUUGUUUUCUAGCAUGUUCAUGAAAUGUUCCGUGGAAUAAGGAUUGCCUUCUAUUUUCUGCUCAUAAAUAUGCAUACAUUGCCAAUUCACUGUUUCAAAAAAUGUCAGAAACAAAUUAAAAUGUUUCUAUAGAGCCAACACUUUUUUUUUAAAGUUAAAUGUAUAAUUUGUUUCCAGAGUUUGCAACCGUUUGUUAUCUUGAAUGGCAGUGUUGUACAUUUAAGAAUGAAGUAAAGUUGUAGGGGGCCAAAACAUACCUGUGAUUGUAAGCUGUGAUUAAUGAAAGCGGGUGGGUUUGUUCUUUUUCGUUGUUGGUUAAAAUUAUCUGUCUUUUGGAUUGUAAUGCAGGACUCAAAAUGAGUAAAAGAUUUUUUAAAAUUUAAUGUUAAAAUUGAACAAAUCCUUAAAUUUGUACUUCUGAAAGAAAAGCAUACUUGGUUGCUAACUUGGGCAUGUGUGUGAAUGUAAAAGUGCUAGUGGAAAGCACAUUCGGUAGCAAAUGUGAAUCAACUUGUGAGGCAGUUGCUAAAGGUAUGAUCCUGAAAGAUGCUUUCUUCAUAGCUAUAUUUAACCCAUUGACUCAUUUGCAGGCACACUCCUGAUUCUGCCUUGUAGGGUCAUGUGUAGGCACUGCACGAGUCGCAAAUCAAAAUUCUAAAUUAUUUAAUUUUGAUUAAUUUUCACAUGUAAUCUUACCUACAAAAAUUCAUACCACAGCAAAUACGUAUCCUACAAGAUAGAGUAAACAACACAAACUGCCUCUCUGGAAUUACUUUUAACAUUUCUCCAAAGUUUGAUAUAAUCUGAAUAUGUAUUAUUGAAGCUCUGCCUUAUAAAACAAAAAGUUGGAAUAUUUUAUAUUCUGAAAGUGAAGGCAAGCCUGGUUCUAUUUUCUUUCCUGUCUUAAUUUUAUUACAAUAAAAAAAGCAAAUCUUA